AUGGGGACCCCGUCCCCGCGGGCGGUGCUGGUGCUGGCCAUGGCGCUGGUGGGGCUCUCGGCUCCCCGAGCAGCGUACGGGCAGCCCAACUUCAUCGUCAUCCUGGCAGAUGAUGUGGGCUGGGGGGAUCUUGGGGCCAACUGGGCGGAGACGAAGGAGACCCCCCAUUUGGAUGAGUUGGCAGCCGAAGGAAUGAGGUUCGUGGAUUUCCACUCGGCUGCCUCUACUUGCUCCCCAUCCCGCGCCUCUCUGCUCACGGGGCGCCUCGGGGCGCGCAACGGGGUGACCCACAACUUCGCCGUCACGUCGGUCGGCGGCCUCCCCCUGAACGAGACCACCCUGGCCGAGGUCCUGCGGGAGGCGGGGUACAGCACGGGGGCUAUAGGCAAGUGGCACCUGGGACACCACGGCCGCCAUCACCCCAGCUUCCGCGGCUUCGACUACUACUUUGGGAUCCCCUACAGCCACGACAUGGGCUGCACGGACACCCCUGGCUACAACCUGCCGCCCUGCCCACCCUGCCCGCGCCACGGGGCGGCUGCCAGGGUGGCGAGGAAGGACUGCUACACGGAGGUGGCCCUUCCUCUCUUCGAGAACGUCACCAUCAUCCAACAGCCCGUCAACCUCAGCAGCCUGGCAGCGCGCUACGCGGAGGAGGCAGCGCGGUUCAUCCAGCGGGCAAGCGACAGUGGACGCCCCUUCUUCCUCUACCUGGCGCUGGCCCAUAUGCACGUCCCGCUGGGGGUCCCCCCGCCGCCUCCUUGCUCGCUCCCCCCCAUUGCAGCGGUGUCCCCCCCGCUCCUGGGGUCGCUCCUGGGGACGUUUCUUUCUCUUGCAGGUGACAACGGCCCCUGGGCGCAGAAGUGCGAGCUGGCGGGACGCCUGGGGCCCUUCGUGGGGGCCUGGCAGAGGCAGCGAGGUGGGAGCUCGGCGAAGCAAACGACCUGGGAAGGAGGGCACCGGGUACCGGCGCUGGCGUACUGGCCCGGCCGCAUCCCCGCCAAGCGGACGAGCCGCGCUCUGCUCAGCAUCCUGGACAUCUUCCCUACGCUGGUGGCCCUGGCCGGGGCGGCGCUCCCCCCGAACAGGCGCUUCGACGGCUUGGACGUGUCCCCGGUUCUCUUUGGGUGGUCGGAUGUGGGGCACAAGGUUCUGCUCCACCCCAACAGCGGGGCAGCGGGGAAGGACGGCGAGAUAGAGACGCUGCGGCUGGCUCAGUACAAGGCGUUUUACACCACAGGAGGGGCGAUGGCUUGCGACGGGAGCAUCGGGCCAGCUGAGCAUCACCAGCCACCCCUCAUUUUCAACCUGGAUCGCGAUACCCAGGAGCAGGAGCCUUUGGACGUGGCAUCCAGAGAGUAUGAGGCAGUGCUGGCUGCAGUCAGCAGGGCUUACGCCCGAGCUCUGGAGGACAUCGCAACAGACAACGUCUCGGUUGCAGAUUACUCCAAAGACCCGGCCGUGACCCCCUGCUGCAACGCGCAGCACGUGGCCUGCCGAUGCCAAGCGCCCGGCACUGACGCAGCCGGGCCGGACCGUCGCAUGGAAAGAAGAGCCAUGCGGCUUUGUCUUUAA